AUGGACCGCUCAGUUAUCGCUGACAUCCCACUUACUCAAACAUUUCACUACCAUACCACUACUCACGAAUACGCUGUGCGCUGGACUUCAUUAGGUGAUGCUUCCCUGCCACCUUUGAUCUUCGUGCAUGGCACCCCAUGGUCUUCGCGAGUUUGGCAUGUCUUUGCUCGUUCCCUGGCUAGAUAUUUCCAUAUCUAUCUCUUUGACAACCCGGGGUUUGGCGAGAGUCCACUGGGGAUCCCUCUCCUAGGAAAAGAGGCACUGAUCAGUAAAGAAGUCGCCCUAGAUGGAGACCUCGCCCAGCAGUCGGAGGUGUUUGCUGCUCUUCACCAAUCUUGGUCAAAAGACUGGCCUCGGGCGUAUAAUAAAGCACAUGUCGUCGCCCACGACCACGGGGGACUAAUGAGUUUACGGGCGCACCUUAUCCAUUCUUGCGCAUUUGCCAGUUUGUGUUUGAUCAAUGUGGUUGCUUUGGGCCCAUUCGGGCAACCUUUGUUCAAAUCAGUGGCGGAAAAUGAAGAGGCCUUUACCAGUUUGACCGGCCCGAUGUUCGAAGGAAUGGUCGAGGCAUAUAUCCGGAAUGCAGCAUAUACAGAGUUGAGCAAGGAAACGAUGGACAUGUUGAAGCGCCCGUGGAUCAUUAACGAGGAAGGCCGGAAAGGCUUUAUUAGGCAAAUGGCGCAAGCCAACAGUCGCAGUACAGAGGCAGUCGAGGGGAGAUACUCCGAAGUGGGCCAGGUGAUGCCAGUCAGAAUUAUCUGGGGGACAGAAGACCAAUGGAUCCCGGUGGAGACGGCAGAGAGACUGAGAGCAAAGUUGAAUGCCAGAGAAGUCGUGCUGAUCGAAGGAGCCGGUCAUCUUGUCAUGUAUGAUCAGGAGGGCAGGUUAGGAGUGGAAUUGGGAUGGUGGUUGAACGAAGUCAACCAUGCCCGGGAGUAA